AGGAUCAAACAAUUCAGCUUACAAAUUUUUGAUUCGUUAGUUCUGUAGCGUCGACUUUUGAAUACUGUGAAACGAUAAUUACUGAUUCGAUGCAAGCGACGAAUAGACAAUGACGACACAAUCCGAUGGGUUGGCUUUGUCUGGGAAGAUCAUCACGAGUGAGAACGGUAAAUCGACUGUGAAUUCCGACAACGAAAACAUUUCGGAAAAGGACGCUAGUGCUGCAAGUGGGAAAGGAUCAGCCGUGAAAAAAAGAAAUGACAACAUAUGCAACCAAAAUGCCGUCCAAGAUGACGACGAAGACGAUCAAAUGAUGGAUAUUGAAGUGCCUUCUGGAAUGGUCUUCUUGGAAGACAGUGCCGGCGACGAUGGUAGAAUCAACCUAAUUCAGCAAAAGCACCAUACAAAAAAUCUGCCACAGAAGCCAGCCGUAAAUCUGCAAGUUGACGACCGAGCGAUUUUGGAUUGUUGGAAUCUGACCGUGGCUUCCCACGAGGCUGCUAUGGUUGUCACUGCAACGAACCCCACAAAUACUUCUGCAUCAUUCGAUUCGUCGCCGUCGACAACAACAACCUCUCUGACAUCGCCCUUUGUGACUCUUUUGGAAAAUGAAUAUCGUUGGAACGCAAAAGACAAGGCUUCUACAGCGCCAGACGCAACGGAUGUCUUUGGGAGUUGGGAACCAAAGCCGUUGGCCCUGCCGAUAUGGGCUAUCGUUCCUUGAAAAUGACAACAAAUGAAUAAAGUGCACAAGGCUUCCUUUGGCCAAGGGUAGAGAAGAAUGUAGCUGUUGUGUUUUAGCAUUGUGCUGCAAGCAACUACGACUUUUGACUUAGUAACCAGAAUAUAAUAGUUUAUUGACC